GGAAGGGGGGAGGCGCGGCGCCCGCCCACCGCGGGUCGUUGGCGGAGCGCGAUGGCGAGGUUCAUCCUGGGCCUGGUGGAGCUCGGGGUCAGCGCGGCCGUGCACCUGCUCUUCGGCUUCUACGUCUUCAGCACGGCCGUCGCGGCGGACAUCUCGCAGGCCGCCGCCGCGUCCGGGUGCCCGCUGCUGCGCCGCCCGCCCCCGGCCGCGGGGCUCGUCGACGUCGCCGCCGCCGCGGCCGAGGAGGAGGACGAACGCAGGGGCGUCGUGCUCGACGGCUCGCCGCCGCCCAUCGUCCUCGUCCACGGCAUAUUCGGCUUCGGCAAGGGGAGGCUCGGCGGGAUGUCCUACUUCGCCGGCGCCGAGAAGAAGGACGACCGCGUGCUCGUGCCGGAUUUGGGGUCGCUCACCAGCAUCCAUGACAGGGCGCGGGAGCUGUUCUACUACCUCAAGGGGGGACAGGUGGACUACGGCGUGGAGCACAGCCAGGUUUAUGGGCACACGCGCUUCGGGAGGAUCUAUGAAACAGGGCAUUAUCCUGUGUGGGACGAGCAGAACCCUGUGCACUUUGUGGGGCACUCGGCCGGCGCGCAGGUUGUGAGGGUGCUGCAUCAGAUGCUCGCUGAGAAGGCUUUCCCUGGGCAUGAUACUUCUGAAGACUGGGUUCUGAGCCUUACUUCCUUGUCAGGCGCCCUUAAUGGAACCACACGGACUUACUAUGACGGCAUGCUGGCUGAAGAUGGGAGAUCCAUGAAAUCAAUUUGUCUUCUUCAGCUCUGCAGGCUUGGAGUCAUUGUCUAUGAUUGGCUGGACAUUCCUUGGCUGAAGAAUUACUACAAUUUCGGUUUUGAUCACUUUGAAAUGUCAUGGAGAAAAGUUGGUUUUUCUGGUUUAGUUGAUCUCCUGCUAGGGAAUACUGGGCCGUUUUCCUCAGGAGACUGGAUUCUCCCUGACCUCACAAUUCAAGGAUCUCUAAAAAUUAACUCCACCCUCAAGACCUUUCCCAAUACAUUCUACUUCAGUUAUGCUACAAAGAGAACUCGGAAGCUAUUUGGAAUUACAGUACCAUCAAGCGUCCUUGGAGUUCACCCGAUGCUCUUUCUCAGAGUUCUCCAGAUGUGUAUGUGGCGGCACCCUCAAAACGCGCCUCUACCUUACAAAGGAUACAGGGAUGAAGAUUGGGAAGAUAAUGAUGGGGCUUUGAACACAAUCUCCAUGACGCACCCUCGCAUUCCCAUAGAGCAUCCUAACCGUUUUGUAGUGGAUGAUUCUGACUGCAAUCCUUUGCAACCUGGGAUAUGGUAUCACAAGAUCAUUGAGGGUGAUCACAUUCUUUUCAUUGUAAAUCGGGAAAGAGCUGGAGUGCAGUUUGAUUUGCUGUAUGAUGGCAUUUUCGAGCGCUGCAGAAAGCAUGCAUUUAGGAAGAGUCCCCCUACCAUGCCAAACGAAACAAGUCAAUAGAAGAUUAAACUAAGCAUUCUAGGUAGUAGUGAGGAAGAAACAAGGUGGCCAUGGAGCUUUUUUCGCUUCUCUUCAUCUCCGGCCUCCAUGCACUUGGAUGUAACUUCAACAUUGUAAACUGUAAAUUAAUUUGUCCAUUUGAGCAAAUGGCACGCUUGAUACCGCCGGUUCUUGGAAGGAGGGGUUUUGCAACUUGCUUUCCGCUGCCCUCACGGCACAAUGCAAGGAAGGAGGGGUUUUGCAACUUGCUUUCCGCUGCCCUCACGGCACAAUGCAAGGAAGGAGGGGUUUUGCAACUUGCUUUCCGCUGCCCUUACGGCACAAUGCAAGGAAGGAAGCUUGUAAUCGAGCAGGAGGUUACAGAUCAAUACCAGCAUUUAUCUAUGACCUUAAUGGGGCUUGUACAUAUUAAGGAUUGUAUCUAAAUUGUAUCCAUGGGGCUACUUUGUAUGUUAGGCAAUGGUUUUGACGGAAGAGCUGGUCUAUGAUUGCACUGUUUGUUUCAGUGAGUUUGUCA